UUGGCAGGCACUGGGCGUUGAGCCUCCAGAUAAGCAAUAUUGGAUUUUUGAUAGCGGCAUAAAUAAGCGAAAGCAAAUUUUGUGGCCGCACAAUCUGAUCCAAAGCCUUCUGCCAAAGAGCGUGGAAGUUUGAAAAAAUGGGCUGCUGCUUGCUAGACUGUGUUGGAGGAAUAAUCCUCACGAUUUUCAAAUGGGCACUCUACGUUCUGAAUGUCCUCUUCGUGAUUGGUGGAAUCGCCAUGAUUGCGAUAGGCUCCAUCGUUUUGGUUAACAUCCAGUCUUAUGACGCCUUCAUUGAAGACCAGGCAAAAACGGGAGCUAUUAUAUUGAUUGCAACUGGUGGCGUCACGUUUUUGGUAUCCUUGCUGGGAUGCUGCGGAUCAAGAAAGAAGUCUGCUUGGAUGAUGUAUAUUUACAGCGCCAUUCUGAUCGGUCUAUUCGUCGCCCAGAUGACGGGUGGCAUCUUGCAAUUCCAAAGCCAGGACGAACUUAGCGCUACUUUCAGGGAAACCCUGAUAUCUUUUGCCCGAGAUUAUUACAUUGAGGGGGUCGGUGGAGAUCCGGAUCACAAACUGUCUUGGGACAAGUUGCAGAGCGAAAAGUUCUGCUGCGGUGUCGACACCUUCAGUGAUUGGCGAACUUAUAGGCCCGAACUGCCUGCAGAAUAUCCUGACUCGUGCAAAUGCACUGCCGAUCAGGAAGAUUGCAACCCCACAGCGCUAAUCUUCAAUAUUGGAUGCUACCCCAAACUUCAACCUUCGUUGGGUCAAUUGGCAGAUGUUGUUGCAGCACUAGGAGUUGGAGUUGCUAUAUUUGAGAUGACGGUCGGCUACCGUGUUUUGAAAUUUUUCAAGUGGGAACUAAUAGUGGCUAAUGCCAGUUUCUUGGUCGAUGGAGUUGCUUUAGUUGUUGUUUGCUCAAUUUUCUUGGACAGUUUCAAAAACUUUGAUGACUUUUUAUCUGACGAGAUCCGAUUUCCGAUUAUCGCUCUGAUAUGCAUUGGUGCAAUUCUACUUCUGGUUGCUCCUCUGGGUGUAUACGGAGUACUCAAACACAAACAGAACAUCUUGACUUUGUAUUCUGUUUUGCUGUUUGUGAUCUUCACGGCCCAACUGACGACUGGCAUUUUGACCCUGACGUAUGAGGAUGGGGUCAUGUCCAAAAUGCGGGGUAGCAUGAUCGACGCAGCCAAAACCUAUUCCGCCGAAAGUUCCCCGAACAACAACGAAGCGUCCAAAAUUGCUUGGGACAAAGUUCAGCUAACCUACCAAUGCUGCGGAGUGGACGGUUUCUUGGAUUGGAAGACUUACAGACCAACACUGCGUGGAGUUCCCGACUCGUGCAUUUGCAAUAGUUACCAAGAUUAUUGCAAUUACGUGUUGCGAGUUUUUAGGGAAGGAUGCUUCACGAAAUUGGAGGCUUCGUGCAAUAAUUUUGCUUAUGCCAUCAGUGGAACUGCAAUUGGCAGUGCUCUGAUUCAGCUGUUGUCUUUGAUACUGAUGAGCUACUAUCGCCGAAUUAUGGACACUGACACCAAUAAUUAGUUUUAAAUUCCGAUUUUAAAAUGUGUUGUUUUAUUGUUGCAUAAUUUAUGAAAAUAAUAAAUAUA